AUGGCAAAAUAUAAGAAACGCCGACGAAAACAGAGAGCCGGAGCAAAAUUUUUACUGGAAAAAAAAGGAGAUGCAGCAAACCUCCAGGGCUCGGGUUGUUCUUCUCCACGGUCAGCAGGUGAUCUUCCUCCGAACACAUCAUCUGUCCCAAGCCAUCUGUCCUCACUCUGGUCAUUAGCCUUGCCCGGUGUAAAAAAUGUGGUAAAACCCUUUACAACAACAGCGUUAUCUUUGUAUUGUUGGUGCCAGAACACGGUUGCACAGGGUUUUAAGGUGGUUAAAGACACCAUAUUUCCAUCACAAAUCUACUUAAGGGAGCUAAAUUCGUUCAGAGAGCAGCUGGAAAAGUUGGAAGCUGAAUUUUCCAGACUACAAGGAACGCUCCAGAUGAAUGGAAUUGCAGCCUCAUCUUCAAAAAAUUCUCUUUGUGAAAGGUGUAAUAAACCAGUUCUGGGUGCUCCUGUACAAAGGCAGAUGGCUCCACCACCGUCAGUAUCUGGGCCUUCCGCAAUACAGCUGCAGCCUGUAUCUGCACCCCCUCCACCUCUUCCUCCUCCUCCACCACCACCACCGCUGCCCCCACCAAAACUGCCGCCAGCACCUCUCCUCCUCAAACGGGGCAAUGGCUCUAAAGCACUUCUGGAACCAUCACUGAAAAAGGAUGGGCCAAUGCAGAUCACUCUCAAAGAUCUCCUGAAUGUUAAGCUGAAGAAGAUAAACAGCAACCUGAGGAUGGACAAGGCAGAAUCACCAGUGAAGACACGCAGGGCAUUAAUUACAGUCUCAGACUUACAGAGCAUUAGUCUGAGACCUAAAUCCAAGCCACCAGCUCAUGUUACAAACUCUUUAACUACCCCUCCUAAAAAUCAGUUAGAUCUUCGAAAACAUCUGAAAAAAGUCAAUAUACAAAGAAGUCCUGGUGGCACUCCACUAAAUAAUAAAGAAAACAUUGAAUGUGGGUCUGGGUUGACACCGAUAAUGACACAGGCACUACGGCGCAAAUUUCAGAUGGCUCAUCCGAAGAGUCCCUCACCAGCCCGGUUAAGUGCAGCAAACAGCUUUGAUGAACAAAAGUAG